AUGACCGUCCCAGCCACCGGCUUCCAGCUAGUCCAGCAAUGGCACUCGCAGCCCAGAAAGCUCCGUAUAAUCCACAUUGGAGCCGGCGCCACUGGGCUGUGCGCCGCAUACAAGAUGGAACGGCAGCUAAGCGACUGCGAGCUCGUGUGCUACGAGAAGAAUGACGAAAUCGGAGGAACAUGGCUGCAAAACCGGUAUCCAGGUUGUGCCUGCGAUGUGCCCGCCCACAUCUACACUUACACAUUUGAGCCCAACCCGAAAUGGAAGUCGUAUUAUGCCCACUCCCCAGAGAUCCACGAGUAUUUCAUGGAGUUUUGCGAAAAGUACAACUUGAGGAAGUAUAUCAAAUUGCGGCACAGGGUCACUUCUGCUGUCUGGUGUGAAGACAGGGGGAAAUGGGAGGUUCGGAUUGAGCAUGAUGGCGCGGUUCUUACGGACUGGUGCGAUAUCUUGGUGAAUGGAUCUGGACUUUUGAACCAGUAUCGAUGGCCAGACAUUCCAGGGCUUCACUCCUUCAAGGGUCCGCUCUUGCACUCGGGAGAAUGGGAUCCCACGGUCGACUACACUGGCAAGAGAGUUGCUGUACUGGGAACAGGGUCGUCAGCAAUUCAAAUAAUCCCCCAAGUCCAGAAGGUUGCCUCGCAGGUGAAAUGCUUCAUGAGGGGCAGCACCUGGAUCAGCCCACCCAUGCCCCGCGAUGCCGCGCAUCCAGAGGCAGGACAGUACUUUUAUACACCCGACGAGAUUCAAAGACUGUCUAGUGACCCAGAGUAUCUGCUCAACUACCGCAAGCGAAUCGAAUACGGGAUCAACGUGGGAUUUGCCAUUUUCUACAAGGGCAUGGAGCCUUCGCGCAUGGCAGAGCAGUACAUGCGCGCCGAAAUGACGAGGCGAUUGCAGAACCACCCUGUUUUGACCAAAAGGCUGAUCCCUACUUGGCCUGUUGGGUGCAGGCGCCUUACUCCAGGCGACGGCUACCUCGAAGCCCUGAUUCAGCCUAAUGUCGACUGCGUCUUCUCCGAGAUCAGCUCAAUCACUGAAACGGGCCUUGUAACCGCCGACGGCACCCACCACGAGGUCGACAUGAUCGCCUGCGCAACAGGGUACGACAUGGCGUGGACCCCCCAUUUUACGCUCGUGGGCCGCAACGCGCGCGAUAUCAAAGACGCCUGGUCUCCAAUGCCCAAGUGCUACCUCGGGAUCGCCGCACCUGGGUUUCCCAAUUACUUUGUCAUGAAUGGGCCACGGGGGAACCUCGCCAACGGGACAGUGUUGCCUUGCUUUGAGACGGAGAUCGAAUAUGUUAUUCAGGCUGCAAAGAAGAUGCAGGCCGACAGGAUCAAGGUUCUCGACGUGCGCGAGACCGUGGUGGAUAAACUCAACGAGUAUAUCGAUGCGUGGCAGGAGACUAGCGUCUUUACUGGGAACUGUCGGAGUUGGUACAAGAACAACACCGUGGAUGGCAAGGUUCUGUGCUGGGGCGGGUCGUCUGUCCACUUUCUCAAAACCAUCAAGACCCCUCGUUGGGAGCAUUUUGACAUCGAAUACCUAGACGAAAACCCAUGGGCAUUUUUGGGAAAUGGUCGGAUCAAGGCAGAAUAUGACAAUGACUUCGAAGGCUUGACCCCUUACCUUAGAAACUCAGAUACGCCCUGGGAGAUUAUUUGAUGCACGUGGCUCUAUGCAGGGUACAGAUGUUGGCUCCCAUAUGAUGUCUAAUAUAUAUUCCGGCGUCUUGCUAUGCCGCUGCCAGCUAAAGUAUAUUUACCUAUUUUCCC